CAUCAAGCAACUCAAACAUCCUCGAUCCCCUCGCUUCUCUUCCGAGAGCUGUUUACCAGUCGUUACAUCCCCAGUCAUUCGCUCCAAAGAACCACCAUCAAAAUGCGUUACACCGAGCUCCUCGCCCUGGCCAUGGGCAACUUGGCCGCUGCCCAGUUCACCACAGGUCGCUUCUCCAACACCACCACCGGCGCCAUUGAGACUGGUACUGCCACCACUGGCACUGAUGUCACCGGCACUGAGACCUCCGGUGCCGCUACCAGCACCUCUGCUGGCGGCAUUGGCAACCCUGACGGCUUCAACUUCCUCGGAUGCUUCUCUUCUGAGAACGGCUUCCCUGGCUUCACUCAGGCCUACUCCUCUGAGGAGAACGACUCUGAGCGUUGUGCUGAUGCUUGCUUGGGCUCCAACUUCUUCGGUCUCUACGACAACAGCUGCUACUGUGGUAACACGCUUGAUAUCAGCACCUCUCCUGCUGUUGGCACUGACCAGUGUGACAUCAGUUGCCCUGGUAACUCUGAUGAGAACUGUGGUGGUCUCGGUUCUGGCGACCGCCUCAUGCGCCGACAGGUCGCUGUCAACGUUCUUCUCUCCGUCUACGUCGCCAUCGGUGUGAACCCUGGUGAGACUGACACUGUCAUCAACACCGACUUCGUCACCGAGACCCUCCCUCCUGUCACCACCACUGCCACCGUCACCUUCACUGAGGAUGGCACCACCGUCACCCAGACCGUCACCACUGUUCUCCCCGCCAUCCCCACCGACGUCAUCAUCAUCUGCUAUGGUAACUACUGUGCUCCUCAGGUCCACUGCCCUACCUGCACCAAGUGGCAGAUUGUCUGCGAGGAUGGCCUCUGCGCUCCCCGUGAAUGCCACGACGACACCUGGACCAAGCUCAAGAUCUGCAACAGCGGAAAGUGCCACUACGCCGACUACAAGGGUGAUGAGUGCAACCAGCGCAUCGUCUGCUACGGCAACGAGUGCCAGCGUGACCAGCACUACUCUGUCGACUACGCUCGCAAGUUCGUCUGCGAUGUCGAUGAGGACCGAUGGUACUUCGAUGAGUGCAAGGACGACUGCUACACCUACGAGAAGUGCUCCAAGGGCGAGUGCGAGCCCGUCCACCCUCCCGUCAAGCCUGAGCCUGUCCACCCUCCCAAGCCCGUCUACCCCGGCAAGCCCCCUGUUGUCGUCGUCCCCGAGCCCGAGACUCCCUCCAAGCCCACCAAGCCCGAGACUCCCUACACGCCUGAGCACCCCGAGACUCCUGCUAAGCCCGAGCACCCCGAGACUCCCGCCAAGCCUGAGACUCCCGAGACUCCUGCUAAGCCCGAG